AUGAAAAUCGAUUAAAAUUUAGUUGUUUUUAUAACUGGUGCCUCAAGCGGCUUUGGCUUCGAAGUUGCCAAAGAUCUUUUAGAAAAGGGAACUAAAUGCUACUUAACUGAUAGAGAUGAUAUCGAUACUGAGUUUUUAGCAAAAUACCCUAAAGAUCAAGUUACUUUUAGAAAUUUAGAUGUUACUGAUGAGUAAGGUAUCAAAAGUUGUAUUGAUGAUUGUGUCUAGAAGUUUGGUCAUUUAGAUGCAGUUCUAAAUAGUGCAGGUAUUGGAACACCUUAUUAAAGUAUAAUUGAUGAAAAAUUUAGUUUUUCUAUGCUAAAUCUCUGUUUAAAUAUUAACGUUGUUGGAACUUUUAAUGUAUGUAAAUAUGCAGCUCUGUAGAUGGUUAAAUAGCAAAAUUAAAACAAUCAGAAAAAAGAUUAUGUAAUUGUUAAUGUAGGUAGCGUUGCCUCGGCUAAUGCCACUCAAGGUAUGAGUAUAUAUGGAGCAUCUAAGGGUGCUGUUCUGGGUAUGACUCUUCCAAUGGCUAGAGAUUUAGGAAAAUAUGGUAUUAGAGUUGUAUGUAUGUGUCCUGGUUUCUUUAAUACAAGAAUGGGAUAUAGUGUCCCUGAAAGGCUUUACAAGGCUAUGGCUAGGGUGACAGCAUUAGGAAGACAUGGUGAACCAUGCGAAUUUAGCCACGCCUUCUAAGGAAUAGUUGAAAGCACAUUCAUAAAUGGAAGCCAUUUUUAUAUGGAUAGUUCAUUUGCUGUUCCUUUAUUGUGA